CCGCGAUCUCACGGUCGUUCACAAACACCAAGUUCACUGACGUUAUGAGUUCUUACAGACCUCAAUCUCAUCUCCAAUCUCUCUCUUGGCGAAAGCGCGCCAUGUCCACUCCCUUGUUCCUGCCCUUCAUUUGUUAGCGCUCCCUCUGAGAGUUGAAAUGGCUUGAUGCUGUUAAUUUCACGCUGUCUUUGUGAACCAUCAUUUUAUUUAUAUUUAUUUCUUGCCUCACUGCUUCCCCCAAAUAUUUAAAACAUGUUGUUGACUCGGCUUGCGCGGCGCUCUGCCCUUGGGCUUGCGAAACCCCAUCAGACACACUGUAUUAUUCCAUCUAAACCAACAUACGAAAGCCUGAGUUGGAGGGCCCAGAGACCCUUCUCGAGCCAACCGCCUCCCUCGCCCGAGGCCGCUACAACGCCCGGACAUGCUCAAGGGCCGGACCUUAAGCCGCCACCACCACCCCCCAACAAGGAUGUAGGCCCCUCGCUCCUCUCCAAGAUGCUGGAAGCCGCCGCCACCUCGUUUGCUUCCAUCCUCGUGCUCGGCGCAGGCUUCGGCAUCGCCGCCUAUGUGUACCACAAGUCCUACAAGUACAUGGUGCUCCGGAAGAUGGCGAAAGCCUUCGAGCCCGGCGAUCCCGUCCUCGACCUGGCUGCUAUCGGAAAGGACCUCCCCCUUUCCAAGACGGCCGCCGCUACCCACUGGGUCGAACGGCCCGAGCAGGCCACCGUCGACGCCAUUGUUGCUGGCCGCAGUGUCGGGCACUACCACCUAUUCAUCGGAGAGAAGGGCACGGGCAAGAGCAGCAUGCUGCUGGAGGCCAUGCGCAAGAUCGACGGGGACGGCGUGGCCAUGUUCGAGGCCCACGCCGACCUGGAGAUCUUCCGGAUCCGUCUGGGCAAGGCGCUCGAUUACGAGUUCCACGAGGACUACAUCGGCAGCUACUUCAGCGAGCGCGGGCCCAGGGACACCACCGCCCUGCUCGACAUCGAGCGCGCCCUCAACAAGCUGGAGAAGGUGGCCCUCCGCCGGCGGGCCAAGGUCGGCAGGCCGCUCGUGCUCAUCAUCAACCAGAUGCACCUGAUCAGGGACGACGAGGACGGCAAGGACCUGAUCGAGCUCCUGCAGCAGCGGGCCGAGCAGUGGGCCGCCGCGAACCUGGUGACCAUGGUCUUCAACAGCGACGACUACUGGGUCUACGAGCGGCUGAAGCAGCUCGCCACCCGGAUGGACGUCCUCACCAUCAUGGACCUGCCCAAGGCCCAGGCGACCGCCGCGCUCCGGAACUAUCGGCAGCGCUACUUUGGCGAGUCGCCGUCGCCCGAGACGCUCGAGCAGGUCUACGACCGCGUCGGCGGCCGGCUGAGUUUCCUCAACCGCGUCGCCAAGAGCCGCGACAUGCUCGCGACCUGCGACGCGAUCAAGGAGGCCGAGAAGACCUGGUUUCUGAACCAGUGCUGGAUUCUAGGAGCCGAGAUGGACGACGAUGUGAUGGACCAACAGAAGUGGGCGACGGCGGCAGUAGUGCUCGCCACGGCGCUGGUGGACAAGGAGGCCGAGAUGGAGAGCACGUACGACCGGGAGGUGGGCCACAUCCUGCCGUCGUUCCCGCUGCACGAGGCGCAGGAGAUCAUGACGCGGGCCGACUUCGUGCGGGCGCUGGACCGGCUGAACCUGUUCAGCAUCACGAGCGACGCCCAGGUGCGCGCCAGCUCCGUGCCCAUGCACCUCGCCUUCCGCGAGAUCGUCGCCCGCCCCGGCUUCCGCGCCCACCUGGCCGCCACCAUCGACCGCAUCGCCGCCAUCGAGAGCCUCGGCCGCACCCGCGAGCUCGUCGCCAAGGACCUCGUCCUCGGCGGCCGCUACCAGUUCCGCAAGGUCCCCGGCGGCACCGACGUGACGCUCAAGGAGGGAGAAAAUGCCGGCGACGCAGGCGAUGGGGAUAAGGGGAACAGUGCCAAGGGUUGACCUGGAUCUAUCUGCCGCUUUAUCAAGUCAACU